AUGGCUACCACGCCGGCGCUCCACGACGCGCUGCUCGACUUUACUUCGCGGGAGAACUGGGACAAGUUCUUUGCCCUCCGCGGGGAUGGCGACAGCUUCGAGUGGUACGCGGAGUGGCCGCAAAUCAAGGCCCCGCUCCUGUCGCUCCUCCUUGGGGAAGAGGGGACGGAGAUCCUUGUCCCGGGGUGCGGGAGCUCGUCGCUCUCGGAGCAGCUGUACGACCUGGGGUUCCGCCGCAUCACCAACGUCGACUUCUCCCGUGUCAUCGUGGCCGACAUGCUCCGCCGGCACGCCCGUGUGCGCCCUCAGAUGCGUUGGCGCGUCAUGGACAUGACCAACAUGCAGUUUCCAGAUGGUUCGUUUGAUUUCAUACUUGAUAAGGGAGGAUUGGAUGCUCUUAUGGAGCCGGAGGUUGGCACAAAACUGGGGAUGAAAUAUCUAGACGAGGCCAAGAGGGUUUUGAAGUUAGGCGGGAAAUUUGCGUGCUUUACUCUAGCAGAAUCCCAUGUUUUAGACCUACUUUUGUCCGAGUUCAGGUUUGGAUGGGAUAUGACUAUUCAAGCUAUAGCUAGUGAACCCUCUAGCAAGUCUGCCUUCCAGACCUUCAUGGUGGUCAUGGUAAAAGGGAAGAUGGGUGUUGUACACACAAUAAAAUCACUAGUGGACCAGUCUGCUGAAUACUGUAACAUGCAACAGGCAAAUGCUGUAAUUCAUGCUCUGCAAAAUGAGAACAAAAUCCGGGAGUCACACAAUUCUGGUGUUGAUAUACUUUUCUCGUUGCGAGAUCUUCAGCUGGGUGCUAUUGGAGAUCUAAAGGUUAUUGUUCCAGGACGAAGGAGGCAGUUAAUUCUCGGUGAACAAGGAAGCUCACUAUAUUGCUACAAAGCUGUUUUAAUGGAUGCCAAGAAUCAAACUGAAACAUUUGCAUACCACUGUGGAGUUUUUAUUGUUCCUAAGGCACGAGCUCAGGAAUGGUUAUUUGCUUCAGAGGAAGGGCAGUGGCUUGUUGUUGAAAGUGCAAAGGCUGCUCGUCUAAUCAUGGUAUUCCUCGAUAGCAGACAUGCAAGUGCUGACAUUGAUGUUAUCAAGAAGGAUUUAUCUCCUCUUGUUAUGGAUCUAGAACCUGAAUAUCCUGAAGAGACAGACCCUAUGCCUGCUGGUGCAUCAAACCUAUUCAGAUUCAUGAUGGCCAGUGAUGGUGUGAAACAAAGAGAUGUUCUGCAGGAGGUAACAUCAGAAAUAACAGGUCCUAUGGUUGUGGAAGAUGUUCUUUAUGAAAAUGUUGAUGGAGACCAAAGCUGCAUGUCUGAAAAAAUGUUCCGGCGACUUAUUUUUAAAAGAAGUUCUGGCUUAGUGCAAUCUGAAGCAUUGUUAAUGAGAGAAUCACCAAGUGAUGAGAUGGACAGUAAGACCAAGAACUCAUCUACAUCAUCAAAAAAGAAGAGCCAGAAAAAGGGACUCACUGGAUCCAAGGACAGUCUGAGGGUCGACCAUAGCUAUCUUGGUAGCUCUUAUCACAGUAGUAUCAUAUGUGGGCUUUCUUUAGUUGCAUCUGCUCUGAGUGCUGCGGCAUCAUCUGGAGAAAGGGUCAGUACCACUAUUGUAGGCCUUGGGGCCGGGAGUUUACCAAUGUUUCUUCGUGGAUGCCUCCCUCAUCUUGAUAUUGAGGUUGUUGAGUUGGACCCCGUGAUGGAGGAGGUCGCGACGAAAUAUUUUGGCUUUUCAAUGGAUGAGCAAUUGAAGGUGCAUUUGGGGGAUGGAAUCAAAUUCAUUGAAGAAAAUGCCCAUUCUGAACGAAAUGGCAAAGACAGCGAUGCAGUUAGAAUUCUUAUUGUUGAUGUUGAUUCAUCUGAUCUAAGUUCUGGGUUGUCUUGCCCCCCAGCAAACUUUGUCGAAGAUGCUUUCCUUAUGUCAGCAAAAAAGUUCCUUUCAGCUGGGGGUCUCCUCAUCAUCAAUCUAGUCGCGCGAUCAUCUGCAGUCAGGGAAAUGGCCGUUUCACGACUGAAAGCGGUCUUUGAAAACCUAUACUCACUGCAACUCGAAGAAGAUGUGAACGAAGUCCUGUUUGCAUCCCCAAGCAAAAGAUACCUGGAAAUCGAUCACCUUGAUGAGGCUGCAACUAAACUGAAGGCUAUGCUGAAAUUCCCGGUGGAUGUGGAAUCAGACAUGAAGAAUUUGCAGAGGCUGCAGUAG